AAAGAGUUCUGGCCGUAAGCUGUAGGUUCCAUCCUUCCCUGCUCUCCCAAGUGGAAAGCUGCCCUCAUCCCUCACUAAUGGGAGAGAAGGACAAGCAUUGCUCAGGCCUGGAAGCUUGCCAAGCCAAAGGAACCCAAGCAAGAACUCAUCAUGCCAAUCAAACCAAUUGGGUGGAUAUGUGGGCAGUUGAGGGGAUCCAGAAAACAAUCAUGGACCUUGUAGAUGAGUUUAAAGAUGAUAUUUCUACCAUCCCACGAGUAUCACAGUCUAAUCAGAAAAGAGAAACCAUGAAAAAGCCAUCUAAAGUCAAAAUGGCCAUUGCUUUAGCCAAGAUCAACCGAGGAGCAUUAAUUCAAGGAUUGAACAGCAUAUCCAGAUCCUCCAAAUCAGUGGCCAAACUCCUGCAGCCUCGACUUGCUUGUAGACUUUUAGAGUUAAGGUGCAUAUCUCACCGCCUGCUGAGGGAAGUUAACGCACCAAAGCAACCCCUAUAUAACAUGCAGAUCAGAAAGGGUUCUUUGUUUGAUAUCAUUUCCUUUCCAGCAAAGACUGCUUUAACUAGCAUAAUGUAUGCUUCAUACGCAGCACUAAUUUAUUUGACAGUCUGUGUUAAUGCUGUUCUGGAGAAGGUAAAGAAAAUUUUCCAAGAAGAAGAAUCCAUAAGGCAAAACAGAGAGGAGAGCAAACAUCUUAGAAAAUCCUUUUCUGAGCCUGCACUUUCUGAGCCUAUGUUUCCCGAUGGGGCAAACUAUACAUGGUCGUCCAUCAAAAUCCUAGGGAAGGAAAUAAUUGAUUUAAUAGUCUGAUAUUUCCAAUGUUCACAAUAAACCCCAGACUCAGCACGGAAUCUAUUGCAGAAGAACCAGGUUAAAGAACAAGACAGCUUUUCUUUUCCCUCCCAUUUAGAAAUUAUUCAGCAUAAGGCAGGACCUAAUCUUAGCAGUUAUCACAUCCGUUUUGCUAUUGAUGAGAAGAUAGAGCUCUGCCAGAAGAUUACUAGCUCAGCAACUAUACCUAUUGCUGCAGCUGUGCUGUUACCUAUUAGAUGUCAAUGUUACUUCCUUGACAGAAAUGAGGCAAUGGCUUCAGAUGCUUCUUAAGGAAUUUGCACUAACUGCUGGAAGAAUGGUAAGCUUCAGAUAUAAUUCAAGGGAGGUUACUAAAAGCAUGAGUGCAUAUAUUAAUUGAAGAGCAAUUUACGAUCCAAAGUAGUCAAUUCUCAACUUCUUAAUUGUAUUAAAAUGGUGCUUCUCAAAUUUAAAAGAGCACAGGAGUCACCAACAUUCUGUUUAAAUUCAGUAGGCCUAGGGUGGGCUCAAGAUGCUGCAUUUCCAAGAAGCUUCCAAGUGACACCAAUAUUUCUGGUCUAUGGAACAUACUUUGAGUAGCAAGGUCUUAACAGCUCUCAUGGUCUGUCAUGGUCUGAAAUUGGGAGAAAUUCUUCCACAUUUAUCAGCACCAGAUGCUUAUAUUUUUUAAAAACCAGAAGUGCUGGAAUACUGACCUUAUAUCCCCAGAAAACUGUUGGCAAAGAUUCAUAUUUUCAUAAAUUAUGAAUUAAUAUUUUCACAAAUUAUUAAUUAUAAAUUAACAUUCAUAAUUUAAAUACACAUCCUUUUACAUGAGGACAUGAGGGCAGGUGGGGAAGUGUAGAGAGAGUAGCACACUAAGUUUAAGAUUGUACUUUGUACCAGUCAGAGAAAGUGAGAGAGAAAGAGAGAGAGAGAGAGAGGGCUAUCAGUUUCAUGAAAUAGAAAAACAUAGUAUUCCAUAGCAUGGCUAUUUAUAACUUAUUUAAACUGCUUCCUAUUGUUAAAACAUUUAGGUUGCUGUCAUUUUUAAAAAAAUAUA